CUGUAAUAAAAUAGUAAAGUAAUGCAAAUGGCAGUCACAAAAUAUCAAGUACAACAAAAGCUAAGCUACUUGCUUGCCUACCUCAUUCCAAAGUCAUAAAGAUUUCAAGUUACAAAACACUGUACAUAAAUCUACAAACAAAUGGCUGCAUACAGAGCAGAUGAUGACUAUGAUUAUCUCUUCAAGCUGGUUCUAAUUGGAGAUUCUGGGGUGGGCAAAUCGAAUCUUCUGUCUAGAUUUACCAAGAAUGAGUUUAGCCUAGAGUCUAAAUCAACCAUUGGUGUUGAAUUUGCUACCAGAACUAUCAAGGUUGAUGACAAGAUUGUCAAGGCCCAGAUUUGGGACACUGCUGGUCAAGAAAGGUACCGUGCAAUCACAAGUGCUUACUACCGUGGGGCAGUUGGUGCAUUGCUUGUGUAUGAUGUUACUCGUAAUAUCACUUUCGAGAAUGUUGAGAGAUGGUUAAAAGAGCUCAGAGACCACACAGAUGCCAAUAUUGUGAUAAUGCUGGUAGGAAACAAAGCUGACUUGCGUCACUUGCGUGCUGUUCCCACCGAGACCGGAAAGUCCUUUGCUGAAAAAGAGGAGACGUUCUUUAUGGAGACGUCAGCCCUUGAAUCUUUGAAUGUUGAAAGUGCAUUCACAGAAGUUCUUAGCCAGAUUUAUCAUGUAGUCAGCCGAAAAGCACUUGAGGUUGGAGAUGAUCCUGUGGCACUUCCUAAAGGACAAACAAUCAAUGUUGGCUCCAAGGAUGAUGUUUCAGCAGUCAAGAAAAUUGGUUGCUGCUCUGCCUAAUUACACAGUAUGGCAUCGGUGAGUGUUUGAUAUUGGAUUUUCAAAACCAAAUCCAUUUAGCAGCUAAAGCUCCUUGACAGCCCCCUUAGUUUAUCUUUCCAGUAGUUGGAAUGGUUAAUGAUAAUAUGGGUGCGUAUUGCUGAGUUUGAAGUCUACAUACCUUAGGCCACCUCCUCUUGCUACCUUUUUCUCUUUUUUUAAGGAUUAAUUCUCCCGUCUGGUUAUAGAUGUAGUUUACAUUGUAUUCUAGCUUACUGCUCUAGAUUUUUGAGUAUAGGUCUGAAUUUGUGAUUCGCAGCCUGUAUCUACGACAUUGAGUUGAAUUUUGGUUUUAACUCUUAUAGAAUGAUCAAGUACCCCUAAUGUUCAAUUGUUUCAAA